AUAUUACCACGACGAUAGCCGUUCCUCGUGACAGUGCUCGACGAACGGCUAAGCUUCACCAUACCACGUUUUCGAUUACCGAUCUCAUCUCCGUGGUUAUCCUUGUACAGAGUAUACACAUCCAUAUUAGCUAGUGCUAUCUAAGUAAACGUUAAUUAAAUUAAAGAAAAAAAAAAUUAAUAAUAAGAAAGUAGAGAAACGAGAAGCGCGCCACCAUGGUAUGUUCUAUUGAUGAUAUCGCCGACGAACUUCCCCCUGAACAAAUUGCUGUCCUUCGCAAAGCGUUCGACAGCUUCGACAGGGAGAAGAGUGGCAGUAUUCCCACCGACAUGGUGGCCGACAUCCUAAGAUUAAUGGGUCAACCGUUCAACAAGAAGAUCCUGGAUGAGCUGAUCGAGGAAGUCGACGCGGACAAAUCAGGACGCCUCGAAUUCGAAGAGUUCGUCACAUUGGCUGCUAAAUUCAUCGUCGAAGAGGAUGCGGAAGCAUUGGAGAAGGAACUUCGAGAAGCUUUCAGGCUCUACGACAAAGAAGGAAAUGGCUACAUACCAACUACAUGCUUGCGUGAAAUCUUGAGAGAACUGGAUGAUCAACUGACCGACGAGGAAUUGGAUAUCAUGAUUGAGGAGAUCGACUCCGAUGGAUCUGGCACCGUUGACUUUGAUGAAUUCAUGGAGAUGAUGACCGGAGAAUAAACGCCCGUACGUGCCAGUGUUUUGCUCGAUUCAAAGACAAUAUGUGCGACGGUCACGUUACUUUCAACUAAUUUUAUCCGCGUGUUUCUAAAGAAAAAUUAAAAAAAAAA